UCGUCAGAUCCCUCAGAACUUUUUGAACCAAAGGCUUUCCCUCUGGGUCCUGUGUGUUUUGACCGUGAUGAGGAACGUUUAUGGAAAUGAAAAUGCUGCACAGAUUCAGCUCAGAGGGGAACUUGGUGGAAAUGUGUCCUUUUCCUGUCCUGUUACGCGAGAGCCGCUAUAUCUUUUGUACUUGCAGAAAGGCUCUUUAUUUGUGAAUGGCCACCAUGCAUCAAAAUCAGUAGAAGGGAGAACAUGGGAGAACACAUGGAUGGAUCAAGACAAGACCGUGCAUAUGCACAGUUUGAAUGUCUCACAUGAAGGGGACUAUACCUGUUUGGUUGCAUACAAUGCACAUUCCGAUUAUCAGGAAACCAUCGUACACCUCAGCAUCAAAGCAAACUACAGCAAGCCUGAAGUAAAAGUGCUGCACAGCGAUGAAAUCCAUUGGCUUGUAAACUGUUCCUCACAUGGCGGUUACCCAAUUUCCCAGAUGAUUUGGAACCAAGAGAGUCAGAUGAUGGAAGAUGAAAACAGCAGUGUAACAAGAGAUGAUGUCACCAUGACAUUCAACAGCUCCAGUACAGUGUACUUCAACUGCUCCAUGGGAGAGAUUAAGUUCAUCAGCUGCUCUGUUGGGGGCAUCGACUCUCAAUUGUUCUCAGUCUGUAAACCCAAGGAUCGGCCUCCCCCUACAACCCACACAACUGUUAUAGCAGUAGCCAUGUGUGUUCCAGCAAUAAUAUCUGUCAUCGGCAUUGGGCUGUGUCUGAGAAAGACAUGCAGAAGAGGGCAAGGAGGAAGAACAGAACCUGCAGAAUCUUUGAGCCAGGAAGAGCAGGGAACUCCCCUCACAGGAGUUGCAGUGGCCUCUUAAGUGCUAAAACGGAGAAGAUAAUCUGAUAUUGAACAGGUUAUGUUCUAGGAUCAAGAACUAAACUGUACUGUACAUCACUCGAAGUGCACAUCACAUGUUGUGAUGACUGAACACUUCAGAGCCAGAACUGACCAGUGACCAGGGACGAUAUGCUGUAAAUAUUUCCAUGACAUGUGAGUGUUUCAGGAAGUAUCAUUUAUCCAUUGACUGGUGACGUACAUUCAGUAUUUUCUGUAGAAAAACCAUACUUCCCAAAAGUAAAGGUCUUCACUGCUGGUUUGUGGAGAGGUUGUUGUUUCAAACUGGAAAUUCCGACUCGGAGGGAAACCCUCCUCAGUAAAUUGAGCAGUGAAAACAAAAGCACAAUGAUUUGAUGAAAUAUAGAUUCAUCGAUUAACUGACCUCUGUGCCAGAAGAAGAAUAGGGAUGAAGAAUAUGGAUCUGUUACACUAGUGUCAUUAUGGGCAUUGCACUUUAUCGUUCCUGUGUUCAUUCUGUUCGCUAUUUUGUUUUUUGUUUUUUUGUUUUUAUUUAUAAUAGAAUAGAAUAGAACAGUCAAUGUUAUAUUAAACUUAUCAUGGUGCUGCAGAUCCUUAGUUUUUGUCCAGGCUUUAUGUACCAGAGUCAAAAGCUGUGAAAAAUGUUAGCAUACUGUUUCAAUAUUUCCACUGGGGGGUGCACUAUGGACACUGGCAAGUUCUGCACAAGUUCUUUUUUUUUUUUUAGCAAAAAAAAGGAAACUCUUUUUAUUUAUUGAAUUGCCUUUUCUCUUAUGCUGAGUAUCAUGGUGAUCCUCACAGCUGUGCCAUGUUCUCUCAGGAUUGUUCUUAUUUCAGAAACUUUAUUUCAUUCAUUGGCCAUAGUACAUAACUGAAUUGUUAAAAAGAAAAUAUUAUCUAGGGCAGGUUUUAUAUUUUUUUAUUCCUCCUGCACCUUUUUUGUUCUUUGUAAAAGCAAAAAAAAAACAAUGUCUCUACAAUGUACGGCUUAAAAGGAAUGAAAUAAAACAAAUGAAAUAUAAAUUAAUACUUCUGGUUUUCAACUUCAAACUGUAAUUUAUUUAUAAUACUUUUGUAUCAGCCAUGAAAAUAGUGUAAUCGCCUAAUUUUUUCAGUUGCAGUACUGUUGCAUUGCCAAUAGAUGUAGUACUAACACCACAGAAUACAUCCAACUUGCCCGCUCUCAUGGCUGACUGGCUGUGUUUAGUAAUGUGUCUACACUAUUGGAACUAUUGUUUUUUUUACUGAAUAAUUUUAAUAACAACAUUCAUGGGCCUUGUCAAACGUUGUACGCAAAAUCAACAAUAGUUUGCCGUCUAGGCCGGCAAUGACACAAUGUUUCUGCAUUCAGCAUGUGAUGAAUAAUCAAAACAGCUUCACAACAACCCUUAUAAAGCUACUGUGAGGAGUAUUUGGUUGUUAGGGAAAACUGACUGAAAUUAAUAUUGGUGCGUCUUUAUGAUUUAAGAAAAUGAGACAAUGACAUACAAGAUAGAUUAUUUCUAUAAAGUUAUUUUUAAUGUCUAUAACUGCUGCUGCUACUCAAAAGAGGUGAUGUGUUUGACUGUUCUGUUAUUGUGGGAUUAGAUUUCUUGUCAAAAACAUCCCUUGCACAUGAACAGAACAAGAUCAGCAAAGCGAUAGGAGGUCGUGCAAUUCCCAGAGAUGUCUCAAGAAUCUGUAUUUGUAUAGCUAAAAAGAGAACAAGUUCAUCACAGCAGCUUCAAACUGGGAUAUUAAUGUCUCUCGGACCCAGGGGCCUGUCCAGAUGGGCCCCCUUGACAUGUGAUUGGCCACCCCAGGUGACACCCUAAAAUCCAAAUCUGAUUGACAAUUUGCCUAACCAGAGGCGGGACUUAAAUUACAAUUAUUCUGACUGUUUUCAACAGACUGUUGGUACUUUUCUUUACGAGUUAAUUAAAUAUUAUUUUGGUUCGUACUGUCAGUUGUAAAUAAAUACAAGCAAAAUGGACUUACUUGCCAAUAAAUGUAUUUUUGCAAGUUACACAGCUUACACAGUGUUUGAAUGUGAUUUUCUUGGUACAUAAAAUUGUGGCUUUGCACAUACAUCUUUGUUUUGAGUCUUUAAAGAUACAUUUAUAUGUUGCCAAAAUGUGUUACUCAUAAGUACAUAUAUUUUGUGGGGAUAGAUAUGGUUAAAAAAAUGAAAAUCAUUUGUGCGUGUGUGCCCACAAACUUCAUGCCACCCCUGCAUAAGUCGGUGACCUAGGUGGGCAACCCCAGUCAAAAAAGUCUUGACACGCCCCUUACCGUAACGUGUGAUCACCUGUCAAAUGAAGGAUGAGAAGUCUUGUUUAAUGAAGGAAAAAAGCAGAGGAAGAUAGUUUUGACAGCUUCAUGCAUUUACUUUUUUUUUUUUAUUACUUAAAUAAAGAUAUAUAAUGGUGGCCUAGUCCCCUAUUCCAAAUAAACACAAAGACAUCACAGAGUAACUAUGAGCAUCUUGAAAGGCAAAUGUAACAUACAACACUGUAGCUUUAAAUAUGGAAAAUAAGCUAUCUCUAUUGAAGAAUUUCAACUCUGGAACACAUUACUGAAUGGAAUUAAUUCAAGAUAUUACUGUAAUAAAAAAGCAGAUUGUGCCAGAAAACAAACCAGAGCUGUACACUUUUUUUGCUUGUUGUAUUUUAAAAUGCUAAUUAUUAUUGGUGUAUUGUAUUUAUGUAGUGUUUACUUGGAUCCUGUAUGUAAUUGUGUUUCCAUACCUUCAUAUAGUGUUAUAUAACUAGGGCCAAUUUCAAAUAAUUAAAUUGCAGAGAAAGAUGGAAAGGAAUGUAUUCAUCCCAAAUAAUUACAAUUUUCAUUUUAACAUCUUACUGAAUAUACUUUUUUUGUCCACUUAUUCUUGUCCUUCUUCUCUUACGAUCCACUUCAUUCUCUCCUCCCUACACAUUUUAUUCUCUCUAAACACACCUCAGCUCUGCGUCUUUGCUUGCUUUCUCUCUGUCUCAUGAGUCACUGUGACAGGCUGUCAGUCCACCUCUCAGCCCUGUGUUUACAUUGGGCAGCAGAGCCGCACCGGGCUGGUUGCACAUCAGGAAUGUAACCCCCGAGGUCCCUGCCCUCCUCUCCCUCCUCUACCUCUUUUCCCCUCUCCCCACCUAUUUUCUUUCCCUCCUUUAUUAUAUAUUAUUCACUCCUUUCCCUUUCCCUCCCCCUUCACCUCACUUUCCUUCAUGUUCCUUCCUCCAUCACUUCACUUCCUGUGCCACCUUUCUCUCUUCUCCUCUUACCCACCCUUUUCCCCCUUCUUCUCCCCUCCCCUUUUUCUUCCUCCUCUUUAAAAUUCAGAAAGCAUUGUCCAACAUGGCAUCCCCCCCCAAUUCCCCUGUCAUCAUCCCCUCAUCCCCUCACCUCCCACUUCUCCCCAUCGCUCUCCUUCCUCCCUCCCUCAUUCCUCUGCUGUCUAACCCAAACAAACCAGGGAGGACUUUCCUCUGUGGUGGCUGCUGAAGAAACACACCACAUGUCAGACUUGGUUUAAACAUAAACAUUAGUCAAUGAUGACUAAUUGAGGGACUAGAAAAAGAUACGAGGCGCUUAACUACACAAUGAGAUACAGAAAUCUUGGAAAUCUUAAUUUUAAAAUUUACCACUGAUCUACAGAAAUAAGAGUAAAGAAAAAAGUAUGUUGGUGUAUUUGAAUAAAAUUAACAUGCUCAACAACGCCUAAUAUGAAUGGACUCCAUAAGUAAACAAUUUAAAGCUCCUGUGAGACAUUUUUAGCUGAUUAUGAAACAGAAUGAUAUUAAUUCUGAUGUCUUAAUAUAACCUACAAGAGCAAAAGAGACCAUCAGGCAUAAGACUGAUUAUUUCUCUGUUGUUAUUGUUAAUGCCUGAGACUACUGCCGUGGGGUAGGUGUCACAUGAAGUGAUUAACAGCAUGCUGAAGAAAGAGCCUUUUCUUAACAUUUCCAUGGGAAAUAUUCUGAAUGAGUGAUGCAUUUAACUGUUCAAAGAAACCAGGAUGUUGUGUUGGGCUGCUAUGAUAACACACUAUUACACACUAUCUCUAUCUGGCUUACACUCCGCUUACCAAAUAAGGGUACGGUUGGCUGUGGAAACUCAAGCAAGUUCAAGGUUUACCGUACUGAACUGUACCAAACUGUACUGAACCAAACCGGACUGCUUGGUGGAAACGGGGCUAAAAAAAGUGCCUUGCAGAACCUAUAAGAACUAUUUUAGUGUUUUGUUCAAUGAACUGGGUACAACUUGUGUUCUUGUCACAGUGAAUCUGAAUGUUUUAUUUCUAUAUAACCCCGAAAUAAAAUCUAUUUGACCUUA